AUGUUCGCCUGUCAUUACGGACGCCCGGACCUGUAUCCCGGUGGCGAUGCGCCCAGUUUGGGGGCGCCGGAGGAGUGGUGCCUGGAUCUGGGGAGCAGAGCAUUAGGGCGUCCUGGAAAAAGUCAUUCUGGUGAAAAGAAGCGAUCAGUGACUCCUCGUGUCGAGGAGGAGGCCUGUGGGAGUCGACGGCGCUCCCCAGCCAGCGUAGGAGUGCUGUUUCCUGACUGGGCGUAUAAACCAGCCUGGUCUCCAGGCUCCAGGCAGGUGCAGCUCUGGCAUUUCUUGCUGGAGCUUCUGGGGCGUGGUGAGGGCGGAGCUAUUGGCUGGGGCGGUGAAUGGGGUGAGUUUGUGAUCAGAGACCCUGAGAGACUGGCCAAACUCUGGGGUGAGAGGAAGGGCAAACCACACAUGAACUAUGAUAAACUCAGCAGAGCCCUGAGAUAUUACUACAAUAAGAGAAUUCUGCAUAAAACCAAAGGGAAGAGAUUCACCUACAAGUUUAACUUCAGCAAACUGAUCCUGGUUAAUUACCCCAACCUUCCCCACUGUCAGCAGGAUUCCCAGGGCAGUUGCUUAUCCCAAAAAUGGAUCAAGUAG